CCCACUUCUUUCCCUUCCCUUCCCUUCCGCACAUCCUCCGUCCAAUCUGGACCAAGCCGCGGCCUUUUCUUAUCUUUCUUUCCGCCUUCCCUUCCGUUGGGGCUCUCCUCGCGCCGGAACACUCGUUCCUGAGUUGUCCCGGAGUGACGAGACGCCACCUCUCCGUUUUGCCGGACCAUGGCGUUGGAGGUGCAACCACCUAGCGAUCGCAAGCGGGUGAAGGUCUACGAACUCAGAGAUAAUGACUGGUUCGAUCGAGGCACCGGCUUCUGCACCGGUCAGAUCCUGGAUGAUGAGCCGCGGAUAUUCGUCGAGUCGGAAGAUGAACCCAACCGGGUGCUGUUGGAGACCAAGAUCUCCAAGGAUGACGGAUACCAGAAGCAACAAGAGACAUUGAUUGUAUGGACAGAGCCCAAUGGAACGGACAUGGCACUCAGUUUUCAGGAAGCCGAAGGGUGCGCGGUCAUCUGGGAUUUCGUCAACAACGUGCAGCAACAUCUACUCAGUUUGGCGCCGGGAGAAGAUGCCUUGUCCGACGAGAUCGAGAGCUACCAGUCGAUUAUGCUGCCGGCACCCGAGCUAGGCAAUCUUCCCGAAAUCGACCACAUCAUGAGGACCUCGAGCAUAACUCAAGCCGGCCGCGAUGCUCUUUCCAAAUUAGUCAUUCGUGAUGAGUAUAUUCCGAAACUAAUCCCUCUGGUCUCAAUGGCGGAAGACCUCGAAAGCCUUCCCGAUCUACAUCGCCUUUGCAAUAUCAUGAAGUCACUGAUUCUACUCAACGACAACACGAUCAUCGAAACCGUGGUCACAGACCCCGUCAUUCUGGGGGUUGUUGGAGCAUUGGAAUACGACCCCGAGUUCCCCACUCACAAGGCCAACCAUCGCCAGUACCUCGCAGACCAGACGCGUUACAAAGAAGUGGUCCCCAUCAAGGACCCGCUCAUUCGUCGCAAGAUCCGAUACACCUGGCGCUUACAGUACCUCAAAGACGUGGUGCUGGCUAGGAUCCUAGAUGAUCCUACAUUUUCGGUGUUAAACUCGUUGAUCUUCUUCAACCAGGUGGAAAUUGUUAAUCAUAUCCAAUCCAACGCGCAAUUCUUGAAGGAACUCUUUACAGUCUUCGACCCCCGAAACGCCGACAACAAGCGCAAGGAGGAUGCGGUCCAAUUCCUUCAUCAAUGCGCGGUCAUCGCAAAGAACUUGCAAGCGCCGGCGCGUGCGAACCUCUUUGCCAAUUUCAUCAACCAUGGCCUUUUCGCUGUGAUCGCAUUUGCCAUCAAACACCCCAAGCCACCAUUGCGCACGACAGGCAUUGAUCUUCUGGUGUCUCUCCUCGACCACGAUCAGAUCAUGAUGCGCGGAUAUAUGCUAAAGGCCGUCAGCGAGAAGAAAACGCCCCUUACAGAUACUUUGAUCGACCUGCUGCACACGGAAACCGACCUCGGAGUUAAGAAUCAGCUUGCCGAUGCGAUCAAGGUCCUGCUAGAUCCACAAAUUCCAAUGCCGGACGCCAUGGCUCGGGCUGGACCCGAGCACUUCAACAAGCCACGUUCCAAUAUCUUUUCGGAUACAUUUGUCCAGAACCAUUUCGACGAGUCUGCCAGGAGGCUGUUUUGGCCUCUGAAGCGACUCGAAAAUAGCGAUAAUCUGAAUGACCUCACAUUCCAAGAUGUAACGCUGUAUUCGCAUCUUGUCGAUAUUCUUACGUUUUUCGUGCGCCAGCAUUUAUACCGUUCUCGCAAUGUUAUCCAUGAUGAGUCGCUCGCCCCUCGGGUCGCUCAAUUACUUACUGUGCCUCAGAAGCAUCUCAAACUGACUGCUCUGAAGUUCUUCCGCACUUUAAUUAGUCUCCAAGAUACCUUCUACCAAGCUAUGAUGACCCGUAACAACACGUUUGGUCUGAUCCUCGAUAUCGUCUGCCAGUCCAUGCCACGUGACAACCUUCUGAACUCGGCCUGCCUUGAACUCUUCGAGUACAUCAAGCGUGAGAACAUCAAACCCAUCGUUCUUCAUCUGGUGGAGAAAUAUGGCGAGCAGAUCAAGAACAUCACCUAUGUGGAUACGUUCCAAACUCUGUACUUACGCUACGAGCAAUUACAGGGCUACGGCGCAGAGGAGGCGGAUUCUACUCUAUACUCCCAGGGAGAAGAAUUGCCAGGUCAGCGGAUGCAAGCCAAUGGGUCGCGCUGGCAAGGGGUCAAGGAAAUGGAUGCUGCAGAGGAGGAAUACUUCAACACUUCGGAUGAUGAAGAAGAGUGGCAGCAGGAUCCCCAACAGAACACAGCCAUUUCUGCACACCCGCAGAACGGCCCAGCAUCGCCCGUAGUGAAGCCCCUGGUUGAUUAUCCCGAUGAUGACGACGAAGACGACGCGAUGGAUACCAAGGUUGAAGACCAGACGCAACCAAAGCAAGAAUCGUCAUCACAGGGGGACUUCAGUCGAGCCACUGCCAUGGAGUCAUCUGAGGAGGCACCGUCCACGCCCGUCUCGUUGACGAUACAGACCCCACCUGAAAGAGUGUCGGAGAAGCGCCGACGCGAAGAGGAAGAUGAUGACGAACUGAUGAAGCUUACAACCGGCCCCAAACGACGAAGCUCAGUCAAUGCAGGAUCUGGGAGUGCCGGGCUUCUGCGCCGGAAACGAAGCGUGUCUAUUGGCUCUCUUUCAUCCAACGAGAAAGGGUCAACUCUGGGCAAUACGACUACCAGCGCAGCACCAAAACGGAUUGCGAUCAAUUUGAGCUCCGCAACCGUCAAGCCCACUGACACCGCGGUAGACAAAACGAGCAAUGAAAAGGAGAACCGAGAUGAUAACCAUGACAGUCAAGGUGGAUGAUUUCAUGAUUUCCAGAAUCGUCUGAUCUUUUUGUUGUGAAUGCUCGAGUCUCCGUAGCCGAAGCCAACUGCAUCCAUUGCUGUGUUGUCAUUUGUCAGAGUUAAGGAACAUUCCGUGUUUGUUUUACGACAGCCUUCUAGAUACCAGAUGAAGUGAUGCGUUUUUUUCUAGCAUUGUUACCGAUGGACCGAACGCAUUCUUUCUGUACGAUUCCCUUUUUGUUCCUUGAUGGCUUUCCUUUUAGAAGCAGGACUCGAUUUGACCAGUCCGGUUCGAGAUGAUUGUACAUUUAUAGCACUUUUUCUCUUCUCUUCACUUAUCAUUCGGGAUUUCGAGGGCUCCGGACUGGGGCGGAGUCAGGCUUGCUGGAUGGACUGGACGGUAUGGUAUGAGCUGGGGUUGAAGAAGGGAUAGCAUUUACGAAAAGACAUCGAUUGCACAUAUACUUGCAUGGGCAAUGUCAAGUGAACUUGAACCUGGC